UGUGCCUAUGGAGGCCCCUUCUGUUCGUGGCAUAGAGAUAAGGAGGGAUUCUGCAACUUCCAUAGAAAGAAGAUCAUGAUCCGUUAUCUUUGGGAAGAGAUAGGAUACAGAUCCUGAUGUAUCAAUCAUCUCCAAGAUUUUUGCAAUCAAUCUUGCUGAAGGAUUCUCGUAAAUCUCUCGUGAAACUGUUUCUAUCUUAAUCCCAUGUAUCCAAAAACUAUAUAAGGAACUGAAUGCCUGCUGUAAAGAAUCAUCAAAGAAUGAAGUAGAAGAGUGCCUCCUUUUCUCUCGUGGAUGUAGGCUAAAUGCCGAACCACGUAAAUGUCUCUGUUAUGCUCUGUUUUAUCGCUUCUCUGGUUUCCCCCUUUCUUUAACAUGGUAUCAGAGCAGGUUUAUAUGAGCUCUUGAAGUUGAUUCCUGCAAGAGUGGUGGACGAUUGAGCUGCUGCCGGAGGACAGAAGAAGGCACCGACGGAGCAACCUGUGGUGCCGUUUUUCCUUGGUGAUUCCUGUCGUCAAGCAGGAGUCUAUCUAGUUUGUUUGAUUUCCCAUACAAUCUCAGAUUCCUUGGACACCUCUGAAGGAAUCUUUGAAUUUUUUGGGAAGCUAUCUGAUACAACCGACGAAGAAUCUCCACCACCACCUCCUCAAAUUUUUGGGGUUUUUUGGACUUUAUCACUAGUCAGUUGCUUCCCUUGCUUCUGACGGUGAUCCGUUUCUAUCAUUCUCUACUGUUCGCUGACGACGCCGUUUCUGUUUCUCGGCAAAGAGCAGAACAAGAAGGAGGACAUACCUGAUCCUGGUGGAAGAAGCUUGCUCGGACGCUGGUGUCGACUCAGACCUCAAACCAGUCGUCACAGCGGCUUCACUUUCUGAUAUAAAAUUGUUUUUUUUUACAAUUUUAUUUUACCAUGGCUGAUACUCUCAGCAAUCAAACCAGCUGCAGCAGCCCCAACAAUCUGAAAGGAGGAAACGAUCAAAGCCAUGGGACGCUCAAGAUCACCUCUAUUCUCCUCAACCACACAAAUUAUCUCAGUUGGGCUAAAGCUGCUCGCCUCUUCCUAAGCGGACGAUGUAAAGUGGGAUAUAUCACUGGAAGAAUCUCACCUCCACCAAAGAACGAUUCCAACUAUGAAGUUUGGGAAUCUGAAAAUGACAUGGUAAUGGCGUGGCUUAUGAAUUCCAUGGAACCUCACAUCUCCAGCCUAUUUUUGUAUAAGGAAACCGCAAAGGAAAUAUGGGAUACAUUGAAGGAGAUGUAUAGCGAGCAAAAUAAUCUUACUCGAGUGUAUCAACUUCAGCUUGAUAUCGCCAACCUCACCAAAGACAGCAAGCAAACCAGUUUGUAUUUAAACAAACUUCGCAGCUUAUAUGAUGAACUUGCCCAAUAUAGGCCGGCUACUGCAGAUGCAGACAUCUAUCAAAAACGUUUUGAGGAAGACAAAAUUUUUAAAGUGCUUGUUGGUCUAGGACCUGAUUAUGAGAGUCUUCGCAGCCAGAUUCUGAUGACCACGCCCUUACCAAAUUUUAAUCAAGUAUGCCAAGCGAUUCAAAGAGAGGAUACUAGAAGAAAGGUCAUGAACCCCACAUCAAAAACAGAGUUAUAUGAAGAGAAUCAUGAAAAGAUGGCGUGUCUUGCUCGGUUUAAAUCAAGUACUCGGAAGACUGAUUCACAAAACCAGAACGAUGAAAGCAACUUCCAACGAAACCGCAGUAGACUCAAGUGCACGUAUUGUAAGAAAACUGGGCAUCGUCGAGAAAAAUGUUGGGAGCUCGUCGGCAAACCGGUAAGGGAGAAAAUGUCACCUUCCCAAGCAGAUCUUGUCACAAAAGAUGAUUUAGAGAAAUUUUUUCAAAAAUUCUCUAAGACAAAUCUCGUUUCUUCUCAGCCUGUUGGUAAUUCCACUGAAGAAUGUGAUAUUCCAGGAUCUGGUAAUGAAGAAGGAGAUUGGUAGAGGACGGGAGCAUAAUGGGCUAUACAUAAUGGAAACUCCAGGUGCAAGUUUCUUCGUACAUACACGUAGCGAAAAGAGGAAGCAAGAAUAUCAAAUGUGGCAUGCACGACUUGGGCAUAUUUCGGAUAAGAACUUGAAGAUGCGGGUUCCUAAUAUUAACGCAGAUGGACACUCUUGUGAUGCUUGCGAAUUUUCAAAGUCGACUAGGUUGCCUUUUCAACCGUCCACUGAACGAUCCACAGAUUUCUUUGAACUGGUGCACUCUGACGUGUGGGGAUCAGCCCCAAUAGAAUCAUAUACGGGAUACAAGUACUAUGUGUCUUUCAUUGAAGAUAAAUCUCGUAUGUCAUGGAUUUUUUUCCUUAGAAAUAAAAGUGAAGUUGUUAAGAUUUUUCAA